GGGCUGGAUGUCUGGGAGUACCGCGACGAGCUUGCGCGGUCCGACUCGAACUUGGCGGAAAUACGGUCGGACCUCCAGGAGAUCCGCGUCCGUAGCUUCGAUAUCCAGGAAACUCUGCAGAAGGAGGCGACUGGGCACUUUCCAAGCGCCUCGGCUCACCGCAUCGCUCUGGAGGCCAGGGCAGAAAAGAAUGCUGAAGACAGGCUGCUGCAGGCGAUGAGGCUUGUGGACAAAGAUCGCCACAUCGCCCAAGGAGGAAGAGGCCUGCGGCAGCUGGUCGCGAACUCGACUGCGAACUCCACUGGGAAUGGGCAGGCGUCAGCGCAAUCCGGCAUCACUUGCCGCGACGGCCGCGCCUGCAGCGCGUUGGACAG